AUGGAAAGUUUCUACGGUCUCGACAGUAAUCUAUUCCAAAAAAUUUCUCUUCUUAUCCACCUCACAGUCUCCGCUUUCGCCAUCUACACUAACACUCGUCUUUACCGCUUUUCCAGAGAUAACGAACAUUUUCCUGUUAACUUCAAGGCUUUGAAGGUAUCUCAUAAUUAUUUUUUCUCAUUAAAAUACAGAAAAAGGAGCCAAAUCUGAAAAUCUGAAUAAAACUAAAGCAUCUUUUUCUUUAGUUUAAUCCAAAAAUGUUGAUCAGUUGCAUGAUUUUGACAGUUCUUUGGAUUUUAAAACUAUUUCAGUUCUUCCUCGUCGCCACGGUCAUCAUCGAUUUUUUCCAUUCAAUUGCUCUCAUCAUCCUCUUGGUGAGAUAUGAAAAACAGAAAACAGAAAAUGUGAAGCAAUAAAAAAGGAUGAUAUAGCUGAUUCACGGCUGGCUUGAGCCAUCGAGAAAAGGGUCCUGCCACGAAAAGAGACGAGACAGUGCCCUGGUUGGUGAAGAGUGCAGACAGGCCACGCCUUUUUGCGUCCCAAGCUAGCCGUGAAUCGUCUAUAUGAGAAAUUUUUUUAAAAUCUGUCCGGAACUACGAUUUUCUGAGCUGUUUACUUAUGUAUAGGGUUCUUCCAGUCUUUCUUUGGGGGAAGUAUAUCCGAUCUUGAUGUAAUUUGAAAAAAAACUUCAAGUAACUGUCCUCUCAUAAUUUCACUGACAAUCUCUUGAUUGAGGGUACUCACAUGAUCACGUGGUACACGCUGGGGCCGUGCAGCGUCGGUCUCCCGGCCACAGUCUCCUACGCUCUCCAAUCAUCCACAACCAUCUGUUAUUCGUAGCUAGCUACUUUUUGAGUCAUAUCACAAUUCUCCUCAGGUUGAACUCUUUUUUACAUCUCGGCGUUUGUCUCGAGCGAUCAGCAGCUAUCCUCGUGAAGAACAGCAGCAACAAGGGCUGCGGUUGUUGGGGACGCCAUUUUCUGAGGCUAGCGAUGGUGAAUAUUCAAACAGAAAAACCAGAAAAACAUUAAUCUGGAAUGAGAUUUUUGAGUUCUGAGAAGUUCAAAAUGAUAAAAGCGAUUUGGGUUCGAAAUUAAAAACUCUCUAAAAUGGAAAUUCGAGGCCCUCGUCGGCGCCGCCGUUGGUUUUUUCUCACAGCGGAACCACGUCUCGAACGUCGACCUCUGCCCCGAAAUGUUAGAAGAGAUGCUGCCUGAGAACAUCGCCAUGGUUAUCCUGGGCUCUUCUGAAAUCACAGCUUUUGGCGUCACUAUCUCGUUAUUACUAAUCAGCAAGAAGCUCCUCAGAGUGUCAGUCAAGUUUCACUAUUACUGUAAUUCUGUUUAAAAAGAUUCAAAAAAAGUAAAAUCUGAAAAAAAGAGACUCUCUCAAUAAUUUUUUUAAUUUCAAAAUGUUCCAAAUCUUUUUCCUUCAAUUUACUCGUGGAAAAAUUAUUUUCUCUGGGACAAAAAAAUUUCAGGUGUUAAAUUAUGUAUCUUCUCCUAUCGCUUAGACUUCUACGCGUGAGAAACUCAUUCAAGUUCUAGGAAAAAAUCAGAAAAUUUCAUGGAACUAGUUUUUUUCUUGGAAACUACAAGCUUUUGUGCACUACUACGUGAAUAUUGAAAAUCAAAGAUUAGAUUUCCAAAGCGAAAAAGGAAGUGGUACAAACUGUGUACCGUACAAUAUUAUUGGAGCUUCUGAACUUACAUUCCCGGUAUCGUUGCUCUAUCGGAAAUUAUAUACAUGGACAAUCGCAGAAAAAAAUGCAUUUCAAGUUUCAAAACAGAAGAUGAAAGAUAAAGUUUUGUUUUGAUGGAUCUUUCUGACUCGAUUCCAGACCAGCCAUAAGGCAUUAUAAAUAACUUCGCUCGAGAGAAAAGCCUGAAAACUUCAAUACAUUGGAUAUUGAAGCUUUCAGGCUUUAGGAUUGGAAAUAUUCGACAUUGGAGAAAGGUUAAUCAACUCUGGAAAAUACAGCCGAACCAAUCCCGACCCUCAGAGGAAAACGCAACUAUCAGAGAAUUUCGAAAUCCUCAAACUUCUACUGCCAUUUUCCAUUUUUCACCUCGUCCUGUUCCUGGGCAUGAUCAUCGCCGUCCCCAACGUCGACAAGUUUGAACUUUACUUCAACAGUCAGAACGACCUCAGGGCUUUUUCCAGUGUCAUUUAUGUGAGUCGAUUGAGCUAUUCGAAGAUGAAAACACCAAAUAAUUCAAUUCACUGGAAUAAUUUCAUUUCAUUCCAGCUACUGCCAAUUUACUCGUUCCUAGCGCCGGUCAUUCUUCUAUCGACUUUGAAGAAAGCCGCCGCCUUGAGAACAGAGAAACUGAACGCCGUCUGUCGCUACGAUCCCAACGAGAACGAAGUCUACUUCAACAUGUACAAGCAACAGUGGUGA